AUGGAACUAUUAUUUUGUGUGACUCUUUGCCUUCUGGUAGUUAUAAACAGCCUUACAGAAUUGAAAACUGGUGCCUACACUCUGAGGAUGUUGCUACUAUGGUUCAGACUAUUUUUGCCGAACAUAUCCCGAGGUCUCUUAUGUUUUCAUUAUCAAAAAGGCUAUGUGUUCUUCGUCACCGUCUGCUUGCUUGGUGUACGUGUUUCUCAUAAAAAGGCGUGGGGCAUUGAUUGGAAAGCUCUGGUUGCAAAUGUUGCUAAUGCUUCUUUUAUUCUUGAUUCUCGGAGUAGUCGUUGUUUGUUUAGCACUUUUAGGAGGGAGAAGAUUGAAGAGGCUCAGGCAGCUUAUCUAUUUUGGAGACAACGAGCAAAAGUGAAGUGGGAUGCAUUUGUAGAUGAGCAUACUCGGUUGCUUUUCUCUGCAGUUCAGGCUAGACGUCGGAAGAACACUAUUUGUGGUCUUAAGGACAACGAUGGAUCUUGGGUUUCAAAUGCGGGGGACAUUCGUUCUGUGGUUCUGGAUUUUUACAAGUUACUGUAUAGUAGGAAUUCAGAUCGGUCUUCAGUUUCUCAGUUCCCUUGGGAUUCCCUUCACCUCCCUUCUUUGUCUGACGGACAUCGUCAAUCCUUACUAGCUCCCUUUUCGGCUGAGGAUAUUAGGCAGGCGAUGUUUAGUAUUGCUAAUGGUAAGUCUCCAGGUCCUGAUGGUUUUACUUCAGCCUUUUUCAAGACCUACUGGACUGAGGUGGGUGAUCAUGUUGUGAAUGUUGUUCAGUUCUUUUUUGUUCAUGGCUAUUUACUUAAGGACUGGAAUCGCACUUUCUUAGUUUUUCUCCCUAAAGUAGAUCACCCUGAACUAGUUUCUCAAUUUAGACCGAUAGGUCUCUGUAAUGUCAUUUAUAAAUGCAUAGCAAAGUGUCUUGCUCGUCGUCUGCGUUGGAUUCUACCAGACAUAGUUUCGGAUUUUCAGAAUGCCUUUGUGCCUGGUAGGUUGAUGUCUGAUAACUGCCUGAUGGUGCAUGAGAUCCUUUCAUUUAUUAAUGCUUCCAAAGCUAGGAAACUUUUUUACGCGACCUUGAAGCUAGACAUGAACAAAGCUUAUGACAGAGUUGAGUGGGACUUUCUAAGUCAAGUACUUCAGGUUUUUGGGUUUCCUCCCUAUUGGGUUCAUCUGAUUAUGCAGUGUGUUUCUACGGUCUCUUACCAGGUGCUAGUUAAUGGUUCUCCUACAGAGGGUUUUCGUCCUCAGCGUGGUCUGUGUCAGAGAGAUCCUCUAUCUUCCUACCUGUUUGUUUUGUGCAUGGAGGUUCUUUCAGCAAUGCUUCGUAAGGCAGAAUCUGAAGGCCUUUUUCAGGGUAUUAAAAUAGCGAGGAGGGCUCUAGUUAUUUCACAUUUGUUCUUUGCUGAUGACUCCUUACUAUUUUUCCAGGUUUCUCCUCUUGCGUGUGAACAUGUGAUGAAUGUGCUUUCUGCAUUAUGUGAUAUUUCAGGUCAAAUGCUUAAUUUGCAGAAGUCGUUUGUCAAGUUUAGUCCUAAUACUCCAGAGGACUAUCGAGCUUAUCUUUUUGUGGUCAACCGCUUACAGGCCUUUGCAGCUCUUCAACUUUCACCGGCGGCGAAGCUUGUUAUUAUCAACUCAGUGCUCGUUGCCUCCUUUAAUCAUAUUUUGUCUGUUUUCAAAAUUCCUGAUUCUAUAUGUUCUAGGAUGGAUAAUUUGUUAGCCAGGUUUUGGUGGAAGUCCUCUUCUUCUAAUCGAGGAUUAGCUCUUCGUUCUUCGUCAUUGCUCCAUCUUCCGAAGGGUUUAGGAGGAUUGGGAAUUCGCAGUAUUGCCCCUUUUAACUCUUCCCUGUUGGCUAAGCAGAGUUGGCGGUUUAUUCAGUGCCCUCAGUUGUUGGUUUCCCGACUUCUGUUUGCGAAAUAUCCGGCUCUUCGUUCCAUUGAUUCGAUCUCGGUUUCUCGUCCCUCUUGGGGUUAUAGGAGUUUUAUGUCGGGAUUUUCCGUGUUGUCGAAGGGUAUGUUUUGGAAGGUUCUGAGGGGACCGUUUCAGUUUAAGGAUCUUCUGCCUGAGUCAGUUCGACCGACUCUUGUGUCUUCUUUACUUGAUCCGCGUUCUUGCGCAUGGAAUGCUACUAUCAUUCAUGGUUUGUUUGAUUCUAGCUCUGUUGCUAGAAUUCUUUCGUUGGAUCGUCCACUACAGUUGAUGGAUGAUUUUGUUUACUGGAAGUUCACUAGGGAUGGUGUUUUCUCAACAAAAUCUGCUUAUGCACUUUUUUGUGAGCCUAGGGUCUUAUCUAGUAGUCAAUCUCAAAUUUCUCCAGCAUGGUGGAGGAAGUUUUGGGCUUUACCAAUUCUUCCUAGGUGGAAAAUCUUUGGUUGGAAAUUGCUGCAUGACGCUCUUCCUUUAGCGACUACUCUCCAUGCUCGAGGUCUCCCGAUCGAUCCAGUUUAUGCUUUUUGUUAUGUGGAUGUAGAAUAUGUGUCUCAUACAUUCAGAGAUUGUCCUGUUAUCUGCAGUCUUUGGUUGUCUGGAGCGUUGGGCAUUCAAUGGGAUCUUAUGCAGUUUCCUUCAUUCGGUGUUUGGUUCUCGUGUAUAAUUUCUCAUUUUUCGUCACUGAGGGAAUUGGAAGGGUAUUGCUUCGUUAUUUGCUCUUCUUUGGGCGAUUUGGAUUUCUCGUAA